GUACAACAGUUGCACCGGAUGUAAGACAAGAAGACAGCAGAAAGUCUUAGCUGUAAAGUUAGCUGUUAGGAAACGCUUUUUGUUUAUAGUCCAACAUUUCAGGAGUAUUCAAAACAAAAUAUGCAUAGAAACAGAUAAUAAAUGCAUUGAAUCGAGAGGUAAAAGGGUACCCAAAAAGAACCUAUAACUCUUAAGUAAGCGCUGCACUAGCUAGCAAGCUAACGUCGGAAACACAAACAUUUGUUCGCAUUGUUUAUAGAUAUCAGCCAUGACUCUGGCAGUAGACCGGCAACCCAGAAAGACUGCGGGUAACCGCAUGUCAAAACUACUUGACGCUGAAGAAGAGGAUGAUUUCUACAAAACUACGUAUGGAGGCUUCAAUGAUGAAUCGGGAGACGAUGAGUAUCACGGAGAACAUUCAGACACAGAGGACGAGGUGGACAGCGACUUCGACAUCGACGAGGGCGAUGAGCCAGACAGCGACCAGGAGGAUGAUGCACCUCGGAGGAAAAGUCGAGUGGUCACUAAAGCAUAUAAGGAACCAAUAAAAGUGGCAAAACCCAAACCAAAAAGACCCUCUGAGGAACAGAAGAAGACUGAGAAAGUUAAAGUGGAGCUCAAAAGAAGGAUUCCACAAGAAUUCCAAGAUUUUGGCGAGAGUAAGAUUGCUCGGAAGUCUGUGCGACAAUCCACCAGUGAACAUACGCGAAAGACCAAUCUGCGCUUGCAAGAGCGUCAGGAUGCCCCUCGGCGGCGGAGAGGUGCCCAUCGGGACCGGCCCCUCACUCAAGAUGAACUGCUCGCUGAAGCCAAAUUAACAGCAGAGAUCAACAUUCGAUCUUUAGAGAACUAUGAACGUCUGGAGGCAGACAAGAAGAAACAAGUUCACAAGAAGCGCCGGUUUGAGGGACCAACCAUCCGUUACCACUCCGUCCUGAUGCCACUGGUCUCUCACUCGGUUUUAAAAGAAGAAAACGUGGAUGUUGAAGGGUUGGAUCAGGACGUCCCUCAAACUGCGCCGCAGAAUCCUGCUACUCCUUCCCAGCAGCCCGCGGGAGGCCUGUGCUCCCGUACCUACAUAACAUUCAGCGACGACGAAGCCUUCGAGGCGUCCUUUCCACACAGCGGCCAGCCGAGUCCCCAGCUGCCCGUCCAGGAGGUCUGUCCUGUCACCCACAAGGCUGCGCUGUACAGAGACCCGGUCACCGACAUACCUUACGCCAACACGCGGGCCUUCCGCAUCAUCCGGGAAGCGUACCGCAAAUACGUGGCCGCUCACGGCUUUCCAAACACUGCGGGCGCGGCGGCGGGGCUCGACUCCUCGGCGGCGAAGGCGUCCCGCCAGAAAAUGGUCGUCAAGCAGAGUGCUAUGGCAACAUAGAAGACUUUAGAAAUGAUGGAUGACCCAAGUCAGUGCGUUCGUUUUGGAUUCUUCAGUUGAGGUAGAAUGAGUCUAUGGGGGGAACAGCGUUUAGUGGUUUUGGCGGUGUCUGUGAUACACAUGUUACAGUUGUUGAAGCAACGAUACGCAUGCACAGGUUUGUCAGUGCUACUGUUGACUUGAUCGUAUUACAUCACAAGAAGUAAAAGAACGUAAUAACAAUACCACAAGCAAAUCAGUUGGGACUUUUCUUUUUAAAUUCUUCUGGUGUCUCUUUUUUUAAAUAAAUGAAUAUUGUCCUCAACCAUC